GUCAGCGGGACGGGACUGGGAAAUAGGGGGAACGAAGACCGACAGACUAACAACUUCUGCCUUCAGAGCGGCUGAAUGUUGGACAGGAAAUUUGACGUAGACAGCCUCACGGAAAACUAGCAUUUUUUUUUGCAUUCAGGCGUUCACGUAUCCGAGCGGCGCGGAUGACAAAAGGAGCGUCGCCGUGUAAACUUUCUCAGCCGGGUUUGGUCGCUCGUUGAACCCAACCGGGAUUUCUGCUUUUCUUUUCAGCGGAGGACGUCAAUAAGAGGAGAUCAUGCCGCGGCGUACCGUUCAAGAAGUAACAGUGCAAGAUGUCCAGAAGAGGAGGAAUCCUAACAAACACUACGUUUAUAUCAUCAAAGUGUCCUGGAGUGAUGGCAGUACAGAAAUCAUUUACAGGCGUUACAGCAAGUUCUUUGACCUGCAGAUGGAAUUGUUGGAUAAAUUCCCGGUGGAAGGAGGCCAGAAAGACCCCAAGCGCAGGAUCAUUCCUUUCUUGCCAGGAAAGAUCCUGUUCAGGAGGAGCCAUAUCAGAGAUGUGGCCAUGAAAAGACUCAGGCCCAUAAACGAAUACUGCAGGGCUCUCAUUCAGCUGCCAGUCUACAUCUCCCAGUGUGAGGAGGUCAGAGUGUUUUUUGAGACCAGACCUGAAGACCUCAACCCACCCAAGGAGGAGCCCAUCACCAAGAAGAAGUCAGGGAUUGUGGAGCGAGCGACUACUUUCCUAAAGCGAGGAGAUUCCACCGCAGCUGACCCUCUCCUCCUCGACCAGUAUGUGGCGGUAACAGACUACGAGAAGCAGGAGAGCUCUGAGAUCAGCCUGCAUGUGGGUCAAGUGGUGGAGGUCAUUGAGAAAAAUGAGUCUGGGUGGUGGUUUGUAAGCUCUGAGCAUGCCCAGGGCUGGGUCCCUGCUACCUGCCUAGAGGCACAGGAUGACCCUGAUGACUUCACUAUUCCAGGGGAAGAAGAAGAGAAGUAUUCAGUGAUUUACCCAUACUCUGCGAGGGACCAGGAUGAGAUUGACCUGGAGAGAGGAAUGGUUGUUGAGGUGAUCCAGAAAAAUUUAGAGGGCUGGUGGAAGAUCAGGUACCAGGGACGUGAGGGCUGGGCUCCAGCCUCCUACCUAAAGAAAGCUGAUAUCCAGAGCCAGAAACAGUCAGCAGGUGGAGCUGCUCAUGCCAGUACCAAUGACCUGGAGGGAGCUUCCAGACAGAACCAGCAGAACAACGCAGCCAGAGAGAACAGAGACAACAGCCAGAAGGAAAACAGACUCUCCUUCUUCUCUGAUAAAAAAAUGGGAUCCAGGCACAGACCCCCUCCACGCAGAGAUCUUACUAUUCCACGGGGUACAAACCUUCCCAAGCCACCUGUUCCUCCUCAGGUGGAAGAAGAGUUUUAUACCAUUGCAGAUUUCCAGACCACCAUUCCUGAUGGGAUUAGCUUCCAGGCUGGAAUAAAAGUGGAGGUGAUUGAGAAGAAUGCCAGCGGUUGGUGGUACAUCCAGAUAGAGGACAAAGAGGGCUGGGCCCCUGCCACUUUUAUAGACAAAUACAAAAAGACCAGUAAUGCCCAGCGGCCUAAUUUCCUGGCUCCCUUGCCCAAUGAGAUGGAAAAGCUGAGACUGGACGAUGGUGGUUCUUCAAAUGCUUCGGGCAUAGAUGACAGCUGGUCCAAGCCUUUGCCAGACGAGCCAGCUCCAGCCUCUGAGUCCUGUGCCCGGCCUAAACUCAGGGACUGGAAGUCCAGUGCCAGCAAGGGGGCGUCUGCCUUCUCUGCACCUUUACCUCCCGCCCCCUCUGCCCCACCAGCUGAGGAGAAACCAGCUCUGCCUCCACGGAGGGAGUCCAUCCAUAAAAGUUUUGAAUUGGAAGUAACAGAGAAAUCAAGACCUGACCAUUCCAAACCGUUGCCCCCAAAACCCCCUACUCCUGGAGUCAUCAUGCCAAUGCCCAAAGCGACCCCCUUUAAGCCAGACAAACCAUCAGAGGCAAAGAAGGAAGACAAAAGCAAAGCUCUCCACCUUAGAAAUGAGAUGGGUCUUGAAUGUGGACAUAAGAUAUCUGCCAAAGAGGUUAAGAAGUUUAACCUAAAACCUGUACCCAAACAGCCUCCAAAACCCAAAUCAGAGGUGCAGGAGGAGAAACCUGAUGCAGCUGGUCCUGCAGUGUUGAUGAAGGCAAAGCCAGUGAUCAGACCCAAACCUGUCCCAGCUGCUAAACCUGAUCCCCCAGCAGAGAACAAACUGGACAUAACCAACCUGAGGAGCAAGCUGAGGCCGUCCAAACCGACUGAUGCCGCCUCAGGAUCAGCUGAGGUUAACCAUCAGAAUGGCACCUCCGCCACAGGAAGUAGCUCCCGACCCAGUUCACCCCAAUGCUCUCCCCCCAUUCAUAUCCCUACACUUAACAAUGACGAGCCCAAACUCCCCCCAAAACACAUUAACGGCGACAGCCAGGAGAGCUCAUCACCCACCACAAAACCAGCAGUGCCUCCUCACAAGGAGCCCCCUCAGAGACCCCCAAGCAUGGCUCCAAGGAGGCCCCCUCCUCCAAAGAAGGAGGGCCCAUCCAGCCCGACGGAGCUCAAGGCUCCUUCUGCUCUGAAAGAAGCCCAAGAGAGUCGCAAGGCUCCACCCCAGCUCAGCAGACCCCCUCCCCCUAAACCUAAAGGGUUCGUUCAGGCUCCUCCAAGCAAAGAGAAAGAAGAACCCAAAGCGAACAAAGUCCCGAUUCCCCCAAAACCUCAGCUGAAGAGUGAGAAGCCCGGCCCACCAAAGGACAAGCUCCCACCUUUAGUGAAAGAGCCCAGCAAGGACGAGCUGUAUCUGGCUGUGGCUGACUUUGAAGGGGAUGAAAACACGUCCGGCUUCAAGGUGGGCACAGUGUUCGAGGUUCUGGAGAAGAACAGCAGCGGCUGGUGGUUCUGUAAAAAUGUUGGAGAAGAAGCCGAGGGCUGGAUCCCCUCGAAUUAUCUCAGCAAGAAACCUUAGUGUCUCCAAACCAUUGCCAUACAAAUGGAAAAAAAGGAUUUAAAAGAACGAAUAUCACUACUUUGUAGCUUAUUAGCUUGUUUUUAUUUAUAGGUAACUUUUAAAUUGAUGUUUGUUAUGUUUAAUUUUGAUAAGGAUAUUCUGCCUAAAGUGAACCAGCAAUAACAUAUGGCCUUGUGGGUCUUGUGAUGUUUACUUUUUUUUUUUUUUUAAAUCUCAUGGUAAAUCUUAGCGAAAAGUCAAAGCGCUAGAGCAGCAGUGAAUAUAUCUCCACCCAUGCCUUCUAUAAUACUGUGCCUCAAUAUUAUAUGCAAAAUGCUUCAGUGCUUAACUUACUGUACGUGACUGUAGACAUAGUCCUCAGUGGAACCCUGAACCUUCUAUAUUAAAAUUAAAAUCUACAUCACAGGACUAUGAGUAGAUGUUCAAAUCCAGCAGAAGAAAAAAAGAUCUUUAGACCUUUAGGAAAUGACUGCACAUGAACUCACAGUAAGAGUUCAGCGGUUAUAUCCGGGCUUUUAAGUGCUAGAAGCAAUCACUUAAAGAGAUGUCUUUGCCAAGUAGAAGUGCUGUUUGUAAUACUAAACAACAUGCAUAUUAGUUUUUGUGCUUUUGUAAUGCUUUCCUUGUUGACAGCAGUUAUUGCUGCACUGAGGUGCACUUUCCAAUAAUUUCAAAGGAGGUCAGUUUAAGGUUUGCACAUGCUUGAAGGAUGGGGAGAAAUGCCACCGUGCAUCUUUUUAUUUCUUAGUUUUGUCUGUCAUUUUUAAGUGUUUUUAUACUCACUGCAACAGUUAAAAGAUGAGGCCAAAUUUACACUCUUUCAGUAUUUAACAAAAUCACAUUUUACCUUGCCAAAAAUAAGGAAAAGUGAGAUGCAAACUUGUACCUAUGAUUGAACCCCAAAACCUAGAAGAUUGGAGAUGAGCAGUGAUUUGUGCAAUGAUUUACAGUAUUGAAAGUGUACAGUCUGUUCUUUAACCGAAGUUUGGUGCUCAAGUAACAGCAAAGUAUGACCAAUGUAUAAAAAUAAUGUUUUACAUUAAUGCUUGACUGGUCUCAAGCAUGGUCAGUAUAACAAAUUAUUUUUUAUUGUACAGAAAAGAGAGUUGUAUCUUCGCUGAUGUCACUUUUCUUUGACGGCCCAUCUGUCAGGUCUUUUACUUUGUACUGUUGAGGGUGGAGAUGAAGAAUGAGCAGAGAUGGAGUUUGGUUGGCUGGUUUGUGGGAUUAGCUUACAAAAGCGGAAUGAGGGAAAUGAAAAACUAAGUCACAGGGCUGGAUGUGAAAUGAGAGGCAUAUUUUACUCCAAAUGGUUCUAAACUAACAUUUUAAACAAGAGCAAAGUUGAUAACUGGGAAUAAAGUGUGCUCAUGGUGAGAAAAAAGACAAGACUAAAAGCUGGACACUGAAACUGUUCUGUUUGUAGUUGCUUUGAUGUAAUCCACCUUUCACCAACACAGAAAUAACAAUGAGACAGGAAAAAAGUGGCAGGUCUACCAAUAUACCGACGUGUUCAGGUGUAGUUAGUGAACGAGUCUGUAAGUACAGUAAAGUCUUGGCAAAUGGGUUGCUGAUGUCAUCAUUUCAGUAUUGUAAUCUUGUUUACUUUUCUAUGUAUGUUUCAUUACAUUUGAGUUUCCUUUUACUUAAGUCAAUAAAAGUUUCUGCUUUUUCAGAA